AUGGUCAAAGGAGACCUUCACGUACGAGUUCUUGAAGGAAGAAACGUUAAAGAUACAGACGCCAUUGGUCAAGGUGAUCCGUUUGUCGAAUUUUGGAUCGAUGGGCACGAGAAACAUAAAACAGAGGCACGAAACAAUACAAGCACGCCAGUUUGGCUGUAUGAAACCAUUUUUCCUUUGAGUGGUAGUGAACACCAUUUGCAUGUUCGUCUUCUCGAUAAAGAUCUAUUAAGCAACGAUGAGAUUGGUGAAACCGAAGUUGACUUGAAACCUGUCUAUCAGAGUUAUUAUCAAGACACUUGGAUUCAAGUCAGUCAACCAGGUUCGAAAGAAGCUACUGGAGAAAUCCAUUUAAUUUUGGAGUAUUUCCCAAAACAUUAG